UCAAUACUCGAUUAUCGCGAAAUGUCAAAAUAGGAUUUGUAUUUAUGCAGUUCUUUGCUACCACGUAACAUGUACUACGUUAAAUACAAUCUUGUCUCAAAGUCCUUAUGAUAAACCUACAAUUACACAGAGACUUUUCGACUUGAGAACCAUGCGGAUAUUGUGGACCGUCCAAAGAACCUUUGAACCCAUGACAAUCUUGGUUGAUUUAGUCAACGUAUUUUUAACUACCUUAUCGAUAAGAAACUACUCAUAACACUCUUGACAAGCUGGAAUCAAUGUAAAUUCACUGAAAUUGAUAUCCACGCGGUUACUGCAUAACUGAGGUCGAGGGGGUUAAGAGGUGGCUUUCCCCCCUUUUACUGUCAUUGUCAGCUGAUUUGGUUCACCGUUGAUUCAUCAUAUCCGACAAGGUUGUUAUAACUUUUUUUAAAGCUUCACUACGCCAUUUACUAUGUUCCCGAAGUUAUAGUCUUUAAUAUCGAAUAUCACGAAGCCAUAAGUGCACCCAGGGGUAAAUUGUACCUUUUACUUGUGUUCUAUGAAAAUAUUGAAUUUGAGAACAUUUUGACACUGAUUUAUCUAUUUUAUCACGGAUUCACAUGAACUCUUUGGAAAAUGCAUAUUAUGUGAUAUUAUUUUAAAACGUUUGAAGUGAUGGCUUCUAUUUGUCGCCGUUGGAGGCUAUGGAUUUUACCAGUUUUAACUUGUCUAUAUGCACUCCUUAUUAUAAUUCUGGUACCAAUUCUGUUGGCAAAUUCCAUUAAAAAUGGUUUCAAAAAGCAGGAUCAAGGAGCACUCGUGGGUGGUGCAUUUGUACUGCUUGCAUUACCUAUUGCUUUUUAUGAAAUUGUACAACACAUGAUAUAUUAUACCCAACCUAGACUACAGAAGUAUAUUAUAAGAAUAUUAUGGAUGGUACCAAUUUAUGCAGUAAAUGCUUGGCUUGGCCUGGUAUACCCUGAAGGCAGUAUAUAUGUGGACAGUCUAAGGGAGUGCUAUGAAGCAUACGUAAUAUACAAUUUUAUGAUGUAUUUAUUGGCCUAUUUGGACGCGGAUCGUCAGCUGGAACAUAGACUUGAAAUGUCUCCUCAAGUGCAUCAUAUGUUUCCUUUAUGUUGUUUGCCUGACUGGGAGAUGGGGAGAGAAUUUGUACAUAUGUGCAAACAUGGGAUUUUGCAGUACACUGCUGUUAGGCCUAUAACAACUUUAAUGUCUUUUAUCUGUGAACUGAAUGGAGUAUAUGGAGAAGGUGAAUUCAGAACAGAUGUAGCUUUUCCAUAUAUGAUUGCUUUAAAUAAUUUAUCACAGUUUGUUGCUAUGUAUUGCCUGGUACUUUUCUACCGUGCCAACGCAGAGGCAUUAAAACCGAUGAAACCAAUUGGCAAAUUUUUAUGUAUUAAAGCAGUCGUAUUUUUCUCUUUCUUUCAAGGUGUAAUUAUUGCAUUGUUAGUAUACUUUGAUGUCAUAUCGAGUAUCUUCAAUACAAAUGACAUGGAAGACAUUAGAAAUAUAUCGUCAAAAUUACAAGAUUUCUUAAUUUGCAUCGAAAUGUUCUUAGCUGCUGUGGCUCACCAUUAUAGCUUUUCGUAUAAACCUUUUGUAAAUCUAGCUCAAGGUCAAGCAUGGUGGGAUGCAUUCAGAGCUAUGUGGGACGUUUCAGACGUUCAUAACGAUAUCAAAGAACAUCUAGGAGUAGUAGGAUCAUCGUUAAGUCGUAGGAUACGUGGUCGAAGCGCUUAUCAACAGACCUGGGGAAGCGCGACAGAGCGUACAUCCCUUCUUCCGGAAGCGUCUGUAACUACGGCAAGAAGUGCACCAGCAUGUUCCUUUUCCGGUUAUAAUACAGCAGAAGUCGAUCAGAACGAUGUUCCUGUCGAUCUCGUUCCGGACGUGCAGGAUACUACCAACACGGUGAAAACGUAACCGAGUGGUAAUCAAAAUAAUACUCUGAUUAUUAAGAAUGUUAACCGAGAGAGCACUUUUUGUCUUGAACACUGUCCGAAUUUGCUCUGUAUCGUUAGUAUUACCUUCUAAGCAGAGAAAUCUAAUUUUGCAACAAGCAUUCGGCCCCCUAAAUUGUACAAAUUUUCAUUGUCCUGUUUGUUAAACGACACGCGCUCAUUACGGGGGACGAUGCAAUGUGCGCCAUAAUGAAUUAAGAGAUUUGAUACACGUCACUUGAACGAGACACAUGUUGUCCAUCUCGUUCAUUUAACGAUAACGCUUUUUUCCUCCUUUAUUUGCGACUAAUUGCGCCGUACCGUGUUACCAAUGAUGUAUUACCAAAUAAUUGUAUAUGUACAGUAGUAGAUAACACUGUGACUACUUAAUAUUUUCUGUAUUCGAUACAUCGAAAGUCUAGAAGGAAUUGAUGACCAGAAAGUACUGUAAAUUAGCCGGUUGUUAGAAAAUCGUCUUAUGAAUUACGAUACUUUUGAUGUUUCGAAUACGUGAAAUAUUAAUAUUAUAGUUUUAUCUACUGCUGUAUGUUUAUAUAUGUAUAUGUUACAGUAAAAGUUGCAAUUUAGUAAAUAUAUACAUUCGUAUACUGUAUAAUCAUUGUAUCCACAACUUAUAAAGAGCAAAAAUGUUCGCAUAAAUUGAUACUUCCGUUAGGAAAAGAUUAAAUUUUAUUCUGUGUGAGUACAUUCGCUUGUCAAGUUAAGAUGCGGAUACAUUGAUUAAUGAGUGUAUACUAUUAGCAAACUGACAUAUUUACUGUAACAUAUAUACACACAUAUAUAUGAUGUUUAUACUUAGAACAAUAUAUCGGUGCAGUCCUAUUUAUAAACGUAUUGCGUUAUUUACUGCUGGUUAUUGACCCCAAAAAGAAAGAUACAUGAGAUUUAGUCAUUGUUCAGAUAAAUUUAAAUAUUAUCUAUUGUAUUUUUCGCCUACGUAAUUACUCGUCCAGUGCUUAAAAAUUUAUUAGAACUUUGUCCAAAUCUGUUAUUAAGUAUAUCGUAAAUAGCGAGGAAAAAAUCAUUCCUGCCAAAUGUACAUUAACAUUUAAUUUUAUAUCAACUACGUUGAUAAUAAAAUGUACGAAGGAAGUUUACAUGUUCCAAAAAAAGAAGAAUAGAAUUGUAAUACAUUAACGACCGUCGAAAACUAUGAGAAAUAGGAAAUGAUAAUUAUAGUCGAGUAAAACGGGUAUUUCCGUUUUGUGCCGUUAAUGUAUUAAUUUACACAACACGUUCGUAUCAUAUCAACAUAUACUUCUCGUUCAUAAAAGCUGUUGAUUAUUCUGGAGACAUACAUUGACGUAACUAGAUUGGGACUAUGGUGGGCCUAGCCCUUUCUAUACAGUGUGAGGACUAUGGGUGGUGGGAUACCUCAUAUAUGUUUUAUAUUAGGAAUUUAAAAAUUUUCAAAUCUCUAAAUUUCUAAAUGCCAUUCGGUCGUACCUGUGGUGCGUUGAAACUAUUAGUAAAGUUAGGGGACUUGACUCGCCACGGACAAAAAUUCUAGUUACGUUAAUGGAAAAAUAAUAUAUGUAAACUGUUUAUUUUGUGUAUCAUUAGUAACAAUGAAUAAGUUGACAAAAUCUUCUUAACUCGAUUAAUAAAAUUUUAUAAAUGCUUGUCAGAUAUUGUAAAUUUUUGCGUAAUGGUGUAUGUAAUUUAAUAUUUUAACAGAUAUUCGGACCAAAGAUGGAGUAUAUAGUUUACGUCACAGUUAGUGUUUGUCAGAACAAAUUAGAAGAGACCUGUAGUCCUAGUAAUUUAUAUUGUCAAUUAAAACCCUCAAAGGAAAUGAUAUUUUUAAUAUGUUUCUAACGCGUUAUUUGUAACUUUGUGAUACACGUGGAAUAUAUUAAUUAUCUAUUAUUACGAAUCGAUGAAAGACAGGAAUAAAUUUCAAUGGAACGCAUUGUAAAUUUUUGUGUACGAUGGGAAGAAACUUAGACAUAGACUGCGUAUUUUAAUAACUCCUACCACUUUUGUACAAAAAAUGUACUCCAAUUUCAUAAGUACUUAACGAAUGAUUCUAUCAAGUGUUAACGACAUACUUUCUAGGACAGUGAAAGUUAUAAAA